CGCGAGAGUGAGAGAGACGAACGUAGAAUUAUGAUAUACAUAUAUAUCAUUCAUGCGUUGAUUCGUUUUUCAUUCAUCUCUUUUUGUUUUUUUGGUGUUUGUAUAGCCUAAUUAAAAGUCAACGUACAAAAAAUGAGGAAGAUGAUCAACUUCUCAGCCAUUAAUAUCCUCGUAUUGAUCUUACUGGUUUCCACAGGAUUGAUGGAGCGAGGAGAAGCGCAAGCUCAAGGAUGUGAGUGGGAGUGCAAGCAUCUACCAAACUUCCCUUGUUGGUUAAAGGAUGCAGGAGAACGCCUUUGCCACGACUUGUGCAAGUACGAAGGAGCCAUCGGUGGCUUUUGUGCCUCUGACCCCCACCGCUGCCUCUGUCGCAAGGCUGGCUGCUCCUGAUUUUCAUUUACCCUCUUUUCUUCAUAUACAUAUAUCUAUAUAUUGUGAUCGAGUGCUAUAUGGAUUGUGAUAUUUAAUAAAUACGGUGGUGUAAUGUAACCCUAUGUAUAUAUAACAUAGGCAUCAUUCAUUUUGUUGGA